AUGCCAUCAUUAGUAGCAUACGGGCGCAAAUGGAAUAUCGCCAGUGACGAUUUUGUAUUUCCUGAAUUAACUGAGGCUCUUGUACGACUAUCAUGGAUGGCAUUCGCUUUUGCCGUUUUCAUCCUUCAUUUUCCCCUAUCAUGUACUGGCAAGGAUAUGACAUUCCCAUUACUGACGCUUUUAUUCAUCAACGGUGUGACGGUUGUGACGGUUGCCCUGGCGUUGUUAACGGCAGGGAUAUCGGCGAGAGGAUCGAUUAUGCAUCCAUACCCUAGGCGACAUGUCGCAACCCUUCUAUAUAUAAGACUACCGAUAUUCAUUAUUGAAAUCGUACUAACUAUUUUUUCAACGAUAAGCGCUUUUCAUCCUGAUCCUCCUGACUCUGUAUGCCACUUCUCUAACAUCUUGAAAAUAACAGUGGGCUUGGAAUGGUUGCUGGUUGUGAGCGUUUUCGUUGGAGUUCUUGUCGUUUUUAAUCCUGUCGACGAAGAUAGCCUAGAAGACACCUCCGCUAUCGCCCGAAGGACAUGGUCGAGAAGAUUCAGGAUU